AUGCGCCUUUGGCCUUUUUUUUUUUUUAAAGCAAAUUUCAAUAAGAGAUUGUUUGGGAGAAAAGGGGUCGUUUGGCAAAUCGUGACUUUAUCCCAAAUUCAUUCCCUCCGCCAGCUCCCCCUUCUCCCAAUUGAAUCUCUUCAUCCACCUCCAUACCCAGAACUACUCCACUCUCUUUACUUCCUCUCUCAUGCUCUCUGUCUCGCCACAGAUACUUAGUUAUUGAUUGUACACGCAGAGGCCUAAAUAUUUAACGAGACCAACCAAUGUACGGUGCCUCCUCCAAGCUCGGCGGCCGAGGCGGCGCCCGCGGGGGCGGUGCAGGAGGCACCAAGCGUCUCUCCUCGUUUCCUCCUCCGCCGCCUCACCGGUCUUCCACAGCCUCUAACCAUCGCCUCUCCCUCGGUGGCAAUUCCAAUCAUCGCAAUCGCUCAGCUCCCACCGCUGCCAUGUCGUCUGCAACAGUAGCUGUCGAAGAGACCUUCUCUCUUAUUCCCGGUGAUAACCCACUUGCCUUUUCAAUGAUUAUAAGACUGGCGCCCGACAUGGUGGACGAGAUCAGAAGGGUUGAAGCCCAAGGUGGCACUGCCAGGAUUAAGUUUGAUUCCUUGGGUAGUAAUACCAAUGGAAACGUUAUUAAUGUGGGUGGUAAGGAAUUUAGAUUUACAUGGUCAAGGGAAUUUGGUGACCUCUGUGACAUUUAUGAAGAACGUCAAAGUGGUGAAGAUGGAAAUGGUUUGCUUGUUGAAUCUGGGUGUGCCUGGCGUAAGGUGAAUGUCCAACGUAUCCUGGAUGAAUCAACUAAGAACCAUGUUAAGAUGCGGUCAGAGGAAGCUGAUCGCAAACAUAAAUCGCGCAAACUGAGUCUCAUUGAUAUUGCUUGAAUUAUUGAUCUUCAAUUCUGUUCCUUCUUUUUCUGUGUUGGUUUUGAACUAUUAGCUAUUGUGUUAGAUCAUGGGAACCCCUCCAUGAAGAGUCAAAUAAAGCAAUUGGCAGCUGCUGAGGCUAAUCCAUGGAGGAUGCCCUUUAAAAAGAAAGAGCUUCCAUUUAAAAAACAGAAAGUUGAACCACCGCUAGUCCCCAAAUCUACCUUUAAACCUGGAGUUUCUUCAACUACUAGUGCAAAGGGCAGACACUCAUCUUCACCUCUGCCAUCUACACCUGAGCAAUCUGGCACUCCAGCAUCUCCAUUUGUAACUGGAAAUGUUGCUAAGGUGAACACAGAAGAGGUGACACCGACACAGUCUAAAAGUAAAGAGAAUGCCACUAAUACUGAGAAAGAAUUCCAGACUAAGGCUUCUAGUGCUGCAUGGGAAACAACUGGACAUGAAGGGAACUUUGGGACCAAACCAAUGGAUUUACAGAGCAUGUUAAUUACUCUACUGAGUGGGAAUCCUAAAGGGAUGAGCUUGAAGGCCUUGGAGAAAGCUAUUGGGGAUAAAAUUCCAAACUCUGCUAAGAAGAUAGAACCCAUUAUUAAAAGAAUUGCAACUUUCCAAGCUCCGGGAAGAUAUUUCUUGAAAUCAGGAGUGGAGUUGGAAAGCUUCAGGAAACCUUCAUAUGAAAGUGGAAGUUCUCCUGAAGACAACUGUCAGCAGGCACUUGUUCCUGAAGACAACCAUAAUCAUAGACCUCCUCCAGAAUCACGAUUUGUUGAGAAAAGCCCUGCUGUUGGAUUUGAGGAACAUGCACAAUCAAACUCUAAAUUUGAAGAAGAGUCAACUAUAGAAAAAAUUGAUAUCCAACAGCAUUCACCUGAUUUGUUUGGUGAGAAGAAAGCUUCUGACAAUAGUGAGGGGCAGGCAGGCAGCUCUAGUGAUAGUGGAAGCGACAGUGAUAGUGAUAGUGAUAGUGACAGCAGUGACAGUGGUAGUGACAGUGGAAGUUGCAGUAGAAGCAGAAGUAGAAGCCCAGUAGGAAGUGGAAGUGGGAGUAGCAGUGAUAGUGAAAGUGAUGCUUCAUCCAACAGUAAAGAGGGCUCUGAUGAGGAUGUGGAUAUCAUAAGUGACGAUGACAAAGAACCCCAACAUAAACUACAUGCAUCUGAACCAACAUUCUUAGUAUCACCAGUUCAAUGGAGGUCUGAGCAGAAUGGGACAGGUGAGAAGCAAGAUGGCGAUGGAUCUGAUGCAGUUGACAUUGAUGGUCCUGGCUCUGCUGCCCAUGAUGUUGAAGGUCAUGAGUCAGAUGCUGUUGACAUUGAGAAAGAUUUGGCUGAUAAUGAGAAGGAAGUUGAAUUGGCUGCAAACGAUAGUUUGGUUCCCAGCAAAGAAGGCAACAAAGUUGUGGAAGGAUAUAAAUUUAGUUUCUCUGAUCAUGAUGCCAUUCAAGAGCGCAAAACCUUCAUAGGAACACUAUUUGAUGAUAAUGAAAAUAUGGUUAGGGACAGCUUCAGGCAUGAACAAUCUGACAGCUCUGAGCUCAAAAGUAAAUCCAAAAGGGGUCCUGAUAUUAAGCACUUUGAUGAGAAAUCUGAACAUGCUAAAAGAUUGAAAAUAGAAAGCUUAGCUCAAGCACCAAUUUCUGAGGUUAGGGAUGCCCAGUUAUCUGAGAGUCCUCACAAUAGAGACAUUGAAGAAACUUACAGGGGCGCUGCUGUUCAAACAAUUAAUAGAAUUGAUAGGGAAGGAAAUACUGAUUUUGGAUCACAAAAGGCUUACAACCAGGCAUUUGCUGGAAAACCUAGUUCAGAUUUUCAGCAACUGGGACAAAGGUCUUCUGAAAAAAAUGCUAGGUCAAAGGCUUCCGAUACGAGGAGAUCCAAACACUCUGAGAGCUCAGGACAUGGUCGUAAAUUCUCUGAAAAGAGUUCUCAUGUGCAUGAAGGUUAUCCCAUUCAAAGAGAAAAGGCUUCUAGAGACGCCCAAAAUGAGGAUAAUUUUACGAAGGAGAAAAAGGCGCCAAGAAACCCCAAGGAAGGUGGAGCUGGAGGCAGACACUCAGCUCCCUUUGAUUCCCAUCACAGAAAACAGGGUGAAACAUUUGGGAAAUUCAAGGAGGCUACACAAAUUACGAACUCACACAUGGGGUCUUCACCAAAGGAUGGAAAUAGAGUUGAUAUGGAAAAGUUUCCAGCUGUCAGUGAGAGAACCCUCCAAAGAGAGCUUUCAGAAUUGGAGUUAGGAGAAUUUCGUGAGUCAUUGCUUGAAGAAACACCUGUUAAAAAACAAUUUGGAAGGAAGAGUUCUUUUAAACAGUCAGAGAACAAACAAAGCACUUCAGACAACUGUAAUUCUGAUUUAAGUAAGACAAAACCUGUUGUAAAGACAGCAUUGGACUCAGGAAAACCUUCUCCACCCAAUCUAGGUAGUGGGUUUAAGGAGAGCCCUGAUCAUCCUAUUGAAGAUUUAAUGAGAUCAAACCAUAAGUUUCCACAGUCGCAUCCACAACACCUUUCAAGGGUAGAUAACAGUGAAGUAUCACAUUUUGGCAAGUUGGCAGAUACAAAUAGCAGAUUAAGACAGAAUGAAGCUGUUGCAAAACUAGGAAAUAGUAUGGAAGGCUAUGGAGAAAGCCAUAAAGGAGCCCCUGCCAAUGCACAGCAGCUGCAUGAUUCUAAACGUGGGCAGCUUUCCCACUUGAUAAAGGAAAGUAAAACACAGACAUCUAAUGUGAUGGCUGACUUUGUAGAGGGACAAAAGGAUCCAAUUUUGACAGAGGUCAACAAUAAUGCUCAAAAGAGGAGAGAAUCUUCUUCUGAGGAAGACACCACUUCUUAUUCGAAGUAUGAAAAGGAUGAGCCAGAGCUCAGGAGACCUAUUAAGGAUUUUCUUCAGUACAAAGAGUAUGUGCAGGAAUACCGUGAUAAGUAUGAUUGUUACUGCUCCUUGAACAAGAGCCUAGAAAAGUACAGGAAUGAUUUCCAGAAAAUGGGAAGGGACCUUGAAUUUGCAAAAGGCAGGGAUAUGGACAGAUAUCAUAAGAUCUUGCUGCAGUUGAGGGAAUCUUAUCGUCAUUGUGGAGCGAGACACAAACGGUUGAGAAAGAUAUUCAUUGUGCUUCAUGAAGAACUGAAGAACCUUAAGCAAAGGAUUAAAGAAUUCGCUCUCCUGUAUACAAAAGAUUGAACAUUUCUCAUUUCUCCCCGAGAAGCAAUCCCAUUUUUCCUAUGGAAACCAAACCUGUGUACACCCAUGGCAAUGGAUAGGGUGAUAUAACAAAAAGGAAAAUUUUCUAGUUCUGACAAAUAAAAUCUUUUAUAUAACAUUCUAA